AUGGCCAGAGGAGCUGGUACCGCAUCCUCUCCCACCACGGCGACACCUCCCUCCGGAGCGCUGAAACGAUCCACCUCCAGUACACAAAACAUGAAGAACCAGCGGUCUAUCCUGGGUUUCUUCCAAAAAUCUUCGCCAUCGGCACCAUCUGGUGCGCGUAACACAGAACCUGCCUCGUCUCCCGCAGAGAGGGCCUCUGAGAAGCGCGAGGCGACUUCCAGCAAAGCGACAUCGAAGAUUGAGAAGAAGAGCAUACCCAGGUUCACACAAAACCUGACUCCUGUUCCUAGCAGUGACUUGGUCGUGCCUGAGGAGGACGAGGAUAACACUCAGGACGUAGAGAAGAAAACUGCUUCGCCCUCCCGUAGGGCCAAGAAACAGAUCAGUUAUGCCGAAUCCGAAUCUGAGGGUGAAGACGACGAUGAUGUGAUAUUCGGGCCCAAUAGACGAAACAGCCGGAUCUCUAAAAGACGCAAGAUUUCUCCAGAGAGCGAAGAUGAAUUCGAGCAAGGUGGUGAGGUGGGCUAUUCAGAUGACGAGAUGGACGACUUUAUCGUUGCGGACGACUCCGAUGAAGGAGCCAAGCCAUCCAAGAAACGUAAGAGACCGUCGAAUGCAACGACUCGCAAGGCCUCCUCUCUUCCCGCUCCUCCUUCUCCCGUAGAAGACCUCGACUUGGAUGUCCCGGAUGCCUCCUCAGGCACAGCUCUGAAGUGGGCCUAUGACCCUGAGAAUCAGGAACCCCGCCAGAACCGGACAAUACAAGCUACGCCGAAAGGUACCGCCACUCCUGCCAAGCAGAAAGUGCAUCUCAGGGAACCUGAAGAGCGGUAUCCUUGGCUCGCAAACCUUCGGGACAUAGAUGGACACCCACCAGAUCACCCCGACUAUGACCCUCGCACUAUAUAUAUACCCCCACUGGCAUGGGCAAAGUUUUCUCCCUUUGAGAAGCAGUACUGGGAGAUCAAGCAAAAAUUCUGGGACACGGUUGUCUUUUUCAAGAAGGGCAAGUUCUACGAGCUGUAUGAGAACGAUGCUACAAUCGGUCACCAAUUAUUUGAUUUAAAGCUCACAGAUCGUGUUAACAUGCGGAUGGUCGGUGUGCCUGAGAUGAGCUUAGAUCACUGGGCCAAUCAAUUCGUGGCCAAAGGUUUCAAGAUUGCCCGUGUGGACCAGUCUGAAUCUGCACUGGGUAAAGAAAUGCGCGAGAGAGACGGAAAGAAGGCUGGCGGGAAAGAAGACAAGAUCAUAAGGAGAGAAUUAUCCUGCGUCCUUACGGCCGGCACAUUAGUUGAAGGCUCUAUGCUGCAGGACGAUAUGUCUACCUAUUGCGUUGCGAUCAAGGAAGCCAUUAUAGACAACUGUCCUGCUUUUGGGCUCGCGUUUGUGGACACAGCUACUGGCCAGUUCUCUCUGUCGGAAUUUGUGGAUGAUGUUGAUAUGACCAAGUUCGAGACAUUCGUCGCACAGACUCGUCCCCAAGAACUGCUGUUGGAGAAGUCCACGAUUUCUCACAAAGCUCUGCGCAUUUUGAAAAACAACACUGGUCCUACCACCAUCUGGAACCACUUGAAGCCUGGAAAAGAGUUUUGGGAGGCAGAUAUAACUGUGAAAGAGCUCGAUGCAAGCGAAUACUUUGUCUCUCAAGAUGACGAUAACUUGCAAGCCUGGCCGGACACCCUGCGAGAGGCUCGAGGCAAGGAAUUGGUUAUGUCUGCUUUCGGAGCCUUGGUCCAGUAUCUCAGGGUUCUGAAACUCGACCGCGAUCUGAUCACGAUCGGUAACUUCUCGUGGUAUGACCCUAUCAGGAAGGCCUCCAGCUUGGUUCUUGAUGGUCAAACCCUGAUCAACAUGGAAAUAUUCGCCAACUCAUUUGAUGGUGGCUCAGAGGGGACACUCUUUCAGCUUUUAAAUCGCUGCAUUACCCCUUUCGGCAAGCGUAUGUUCAAGCAAUGGGUUUGCCAUCCAUUGAUGGAUGCAAAGAAGAUCAAUGCGAGGUUGGACGCCGUUGAUGCCCUGAACGCUGACUCAAGCGUUCGAGACCAGUUCUCUUCCCAGCUGACCAAGAUGCCUGAUCUCGAGCGACUUAUUUCCCGUAUCCAUGCAGCCAAUUGCAAAGCGCAAGAUUUUGUGCGUGUGCUGGAAGGAUUCGAGCAGAUUGAAUACACAAUCACUCUCCUCAAGGAUAGUGGCUCUUCGGGAGAAGGAGUCAUUGGGCAGCUGAUUAGCGGGAUGCCCGACUUGAGUUCUCUGCUGGAGUAUUGGAAAACAGCUUUCGACCGCACGAAAGCGAAGGAAAAUGGCAUCCUGGUUCCCAAACCAGGUGUUGAGGAAGACUUCGACACCUCCCAAGCGCGUAUUGAGCAAUUGCACCGGGAUCUUGACAACCUCCUCAAACGCCAACGCCGUGAGUUGGGCUCCACAGCCAUCUGUUAUCGUGACAAUGGAAAAGAAAUUUAUCAACUUGAGGUGCCAAUCAAGGUGAAGAAUAUCCCUAAAAAUUGGGACCAGAUGUCGGCCACGAAACAGGUGAAGCGUUAUUACUUUCCCGAACUGAGGUCUCUCAUUCGCAAAUUGCAGGAGGCGCAGGAAACACACAGUCAGAUCGUCAAGGAAGUUGCUGGUCGAUUCUACGCACGAUUCGAUGAGAACUACACGACUUGGCUUGCAGCGGUCCGAAUCAUCUCACAACUGGAUUGUCUGAUAAGUUUGGCCAAAGCCUCUUCGUCGCUGGGCCAUCCAAGCUGCCGCCCUGUCUUCGUCGAAGACGAACGGAGUGUGCUUGAAUUUGAGGAGCUGCGUCACCCAUGCCUUCUCUCGUCGGUGGAAGACUUUAUUCCCAAUGACGUGCGUCUGGGAGGCGAAGCGCCGAAUAUCAAUCUUCUCACUGGAGCUAACGCCGCCGGAAAAUCCACGGUUCUCCGUAUGACAUGUGUCGCUGUUAUCAUGGCACAAAUCGGCUGUUACCUGCCCUGCCAAUCCGCUCGGUUGACACCUGUUGAUCGUAUCAUGUCCCGUUUGGGUGCAAAUGACAACAUCUUUGCAGCCCAGUCCACAUUCUUCGUUGAACUCUCAGAGACGAAGAAGAUAUUGUCUGAAGCUACACCAAGAUCGCUUGUCAUUCUCGAUGAGCUUGGCCGUGGGACUAGUUCUUAUGAUGGUGUCGCUGUUGCUCAGGCAGUGCUGCACCACGUCGCCACUCACAUUGGAGCAAUGGGCUUCUUUGCGACUCACUAUCAUUCUCUCGCUGCGGAGUUCGAUGGUCAUCCCGAGAUCACACCCAAACGCAUGAAAAUCCAUGUCGAUGAUCAGGAAAGACGUAUCACUUUCUUGUACAAGCUGGAGGACGGCGUUGCUGAAGGUAGCUUUGGUAUGCAUUGCGCGUCCAUGUGCGGCAUCCCGAACAAGGUUAUCGAGAGAGCCGAAGUGGCUGCCAAGCAGUGGGAGCACACAAGUCGUCUGAAGGAAAGCCUUGAGCGCCGGAAGGGCGGCGGGUUCAUUGGCUUGGGGUGGUGGAGUGACGUCGCCUGGGCUCUUCGCGAGUCCGCUGCUGACACUCCCAGCAGCGAGAGCGUCUCCGACUUGAGCCUUGAGGUACUCCGCAAAGCUAUCGAAGCUCUUUGA